GCGCAGAUCCGCCCUCCAGACGCCAUUUCUCGGACGGUGUGGGGAGCUGAAGUAGCUUUCCCACUAACACUGAGAAAGACAGAAGAAAAUACAAGAAAACUGAAAUUUCUCGGUCACCGUGUCGCGCGGGGAAGUCGCUCGCAAUCAAGGAGAGCUACGUGCAAGGAAGGAAACUUUAUGUUGUGAGAUUUUUCGCAAUUCACUUCAGUUCGUUUUGUGUGAAGACGUGUUGCGGGCCGCCAUUUUUGUUACAGCCUUCGAAGUCUGUUGGGAGUCUAAAUAAGAGACAAAACUCCUCCGGCUGUUGGUCUAGUGCGUGAACAAGGACUCGUUGGUGGACGCGUCUGUCAUAUGUCGCCUAGAAUCGUCAUGCAGAGCGAUUUAUUAACAAAAUAUCGCGAUGUUUUCAUCAUCUUGAGAGGACUGUGACUGGAAACGGCUAGCUGGCUAACGCGUUAUAUUGUUUCAGAAGCUGCAGCUUCAUUCACGGAAGAGAGAAAGGGAAGGGGAACUUUAACUGAAAAUACGUGUUUUCUGUGUUCUCUACUAACUUUAUGGUUGUUUUAGCCGGUUCUAAACCUCCCGCGAUUCUUGUGUUGGUGGAAAAUUGAGCGAUGCAUCAAAGUUGGUUGACGCCAGUCGCAGCCUGUCUGGUGAAACGUCAGGUUGCGGUUCAGUAAGACAGUCGAUUUGGCUCGCCUUGGAUUUGACAGAAGUCCAAAAACAUUUGCCAGCUUGUGUAAAAAUAUAUAUUCGCAGUUUAAAUACCUCAAUAAUUUCCUUUGAAGCGUAUUUUGUCAGAGGUACGAGUGUAUUUAUUUCAUAGCAAGUAUGUCGUCUGCGAGGUUCGACUCCUCGGAUCGAGCCAGCUGGUAUUUCGGGCAGGUCUCGAGACAGGAGGCGCAGAAUAGGUUACAGGGACAGAGACACGGGAUGUUUUUGGUUCGAGAUUCGUCCACCUGCCCUGGUGAUUAUGUACUGUCGGUCUCCGAAAACUCCAAAGUUUCUCACUAUAUCAUCAACUCUUUGCCAAACAAGAGAUUCAAGAUAGGCGACCAAGAGUUUGAUAAUUUACCUUCCCUUUUGGAGUUUUAUAAAAUACAUUAUCUGGAUACGACAACAUUGAUAGAGCCUGCGCCAAGGUACUCCAGUACCUCUUUGAACAGUGGCCGUAUUCAGACAGCUGGUGGACACGGAGAUGAGAACCAGGAGUAUGUGCGGACUCUUUAUGACUUCACUGGUAGCGAUACUGAAGACCUUCCUUUCAAGAAGGGUGAAAUUCUGAUUAUUCUGGACAAACCCGAGGAGCAGUGGUGGAGUGCCAAGAAUAAAGAAGGCAGAGGAGGGAUGAUUCCUGUUCCGUAUGUAGAAAAGCUGGUGAGACCUUCUCACCCUGGUCAGCCUGGCCACGGUUCACGCAAUUCGAAUAGCUACGGUAUCCCUGAACCAGCACACGCCUAUGCCCAGCCUCAGACUCCGUCGCCCCUGCCCCCUGUCACGCCCGGUGCUGUCAUCAAUCCGCUGCCUUCCAUGCAGAAUGGACCAGUAAUGGCUAAGGCCAUCCAGAAACGGGUGCCAUGUGCAUAUGACAAAACUGCUUUGGCACUAGAGGUGGGGGAUAUUGUGAAAGUAACUAGGAUGAACAUCAGCGGCCAGUGGGAAGGCGAGGUAAACGGCCGGAGAGGUUUAUUUCCUUUCACCCAUGUGAAAAUAUUGGACCCCCAAAACCCUGAUGAGAGUGAAUGACCUGGGCCUUGCUGCGUCAACACCAUGCCGACUUGCUGGCAGUCCCAUCAUGUCACCAUCGGUAUUGCGCUUGCCUGCCUUGGGACUCAGCCAGGGUGCAUUUCUCAAGCAAACCAUUUGCGCGGCUUCUGACUGUUUACAGCUCUGAAAUCAGUGGGUUCUUAAUCCCUCUCACCUGGUUGCAGGCGAAUCAGUAUUUUAUUUUGUCUGCCCUUAAUGUCCUCUUUAUCUAUGCCAUCAGUACACGUGCCGAGGUGAGAUGAGCCCCUAACAGUUUUCUGCCUUUAGCUUUGACUUAAAGGGAAUUGAAAUUCUUUCAAGGGUGUGGACCUGCAGAUUACACCUCCUGGUUCCAUUGCCAACUGCUUACCUGUUAAAAUACAUUUCCCCCAUAUAUUUUGCCUUGUUGUUACAUAUGAACAUACUCCUAGUGAUACUGUUUUGACACUUGGUAACAGCCCUGGAUAGGCCACAUCUGAAUAAGGGUUGAGUAUUUCAGUGGCAGGUCCUUAGAGUAGAAACAACUGCUCCACUUCUGAAUGACUUUUAGUAGAGAUUCACCAGUUUUUCCUCAAUGAGUAUAACAUUUUGGACUAGUCUACUGUAGCCUUUUAUUUGUGCCAUAACUUGAAAUCUGUAAAUUGCAGUACUAGUGUAACUAGAUGGUUCUGGCUAGACCACCGGGGGAUUUAUCUUUCGAAUGGUGAAGGGCUUGUCUGUAGAGCAUUUUGUAUCCAGAUGUAAUGUCUUAAUGAUGCGAGAGAGGGUUUGGAGAGAGUAAGAGGGGAAAUAAAUACACCUCUCUACGAUUGGCCAAGCUGGAAGUUUCACCUGUGCAAUCAUGAGCUCGUCUCUUGAGGGCUGGAUUUCGUUUCUGACUCUCCCCUCAUCUUGGUCUCAUACUCAUGGCAGUAAAGUCUGGUUCUCUCUCUUUCUUGACUGUUACAGCACAUUACAAAGUCUCUGCUACACAGAUAUUCAACUUUUAUAGUUUCUGCAUAAUUCAGUAAAGAACUACCAGCUUUAAGGUUUCUGUUUCUUUCUUAUGUUUGCCAGCUGAUGAAUAAUGCAUUUACUGUGUGUUGGAUAAAAUGGUGUGAAAAGUUUGAAUGAGGUGACUUUUUCGGAAAAAAAAGGGAUAAAAAGCCUGCUGGUGGCCUCUGUGCAUGACCUCCUUGCCAAGAGGACGUUUCCUCUUAGGUUAAAUGCUGCUUUGUGUCAUGUCUUUUUUGUGUCUGUUUUUUUCCUCUUUGAAAUUAAUGCCUCUGUUUGAUUUCCUUCUUCAGCAUCAAGAUUAAAAUUAUAUUAAGCAAUAGACCAACUCUUAUAUUUUAGAUUUGCUUGAAUAAUUUAAGGUUUCAAAUGUGUAAGAGUUUUUGUAAGGCUUUAACAGUAUUACUGUGUUAUUGUUUCACAUUACAAAAUAUUAAUGUGCUCUCUUUGGUUUAAAAUGAAAAUUUGUGCCUUUUAUUUUUCUUACAUCAUUUACAUGUGUUAAUAUUUCCCAUGGUAAACACCUGUGCUGGUAUUACCCAUCAUGUACAGAACGAGUAAAUAAAAUUAUGUCUACUUCUC